AUAAAAAUGAACAGUUGAUAUGAGUCGGUAUAGGUACCCAAAAUUUUUUUUGGCAAUUGGACGGUUCUAAAAAAAAUAAGGAAGUGCUCAAGUUAUUCAGAACUAGUUCUAAAACUUAAAACUUAAACAGGCAAAAACCUUCAAUAUGCUGGUACUAGAAGGCAGUAAUUUGGGAAAAAGGCAGCAGGAACUUAAUGAAGAAGUUUUAAAAGCUACAUCAAAAAACAUAGACUUUAAUGUAAUUAAGGUCCUCCAAGAAAAGUCUGAUGUAGAUAGAUUAUAUAAAAUUGAUGUUGCUUCAGUGUACAAAAAUAUUGAUUAUAUGGUGGAAACACUCAAAUCUGGCGACAAUUUAUAUAUUGUAAGGGCUCUCAAAUGUUCUUGGUUAUAUGAAAGUGAUACUUCUCUCAUAAUUAAUCCGGACUACCUGCAUCAUGAAGUAUUUCCCUUUAUGUCAAUUAAAAUGAAAAAGAAGAUGCUAACUACAAUUUCCAUGCAUGUCCGAGAUGAAAAAAGAUCAGAAGAUUUUUACAAAUAUUGCUUAACAGAUAAAAAAUUAUAUCACAUUGCUGAAAAAUUUUUAAUCUGGACUUCUGAACAACAUAAGAUGGAAUUAAUAACCAACAGUAAUAAUAUUAAUAUAGAUAUUAAAAAAAUUAAGCAUAUUAUUGGCAAUUCUUUUAGUCUAGCUGAAGCAUAUCUGGCAAAAGAAAAGAAUGAAAACAAAAACACAAAUGAAACAGUACAUGAAUUUCGUUAUUUGAUUAAAAUCUCCAAUGAAAAAUAUCUAGACCUAAUGGAGAGUUACACAACUCUUGGUGAUCAUUGUCAUUUUAAGCCACCCAUACCAAAGCUGGGGCUACGUUUAUCUAAAGAAAUAAUAACUAAGCACAAGAAAAGGAUUUUGAACAAUAUACAGCUUUAUUUUAAAAAGCUAAACAUGGCUAUUAUAGCAAAACAUUCAUCAGUUGAAGAUGUAAAACAAUAUGCUGUUUCUCUUUUACCUCCUACUGCUCAAGACUUUUGGUCUAUGGACUUUUAUGAAAGUUACAAGAUAAUAUUUAACAUAUUACCCCGAAAUGAGGUGUAUACAUUUCUAAGAGAGAUAUUUGUUACAAAGUAUGUAAAUGAGAUAUUUGAAAUGAGUAAAGAUUUUUAUGAUUUAAAAUAUUAUCAACUCUUCACCCUUAAAGAAAGAGAGAUAUGGGCAUUAGAACAUUUGAAGCAAAACAGUGAGUUGCUAGGGCCAGACAGUGAAUAUAUUUGGUAUCAGUUUGUAAACUUUGAUCUGGCAUUUAAGGAGAUAAAGAAAUAUGUGGCAGUUUGUACUGACAAUUACAAAAGGGCAGCUAUGGUCAAUAUUUUAAUUGACUCUAUUAAUGAUGAUGAAGAAUUAGGAAAGCUGUUAAAUUAUUACUAUGAAAGACAUGUUAAUGAAAAUGAGGACUAUAAGAUGUCAUUCAUUGAUAAUGUGUGUGAUAAGAGCAAUGUUUUUAAAUUUGGUGAAAAUUCUUGGGAUGCUUUUAAUAAAAUAUUAUACAGUACAAAUAUUUUUUCCCCAAAUUCUUCUUAUGCGGACAACAAAUACAAAACUCUUAGUAUAUUAUACCAUAUUAUACACAAUAAAGAAAUACCGAAUGUUUUAGAGAACUAUGUCACAACCAAAAGCAAUGCGUAUAGUAUAAAAUAUGAUAAGGAAAACCUUUACAAUAAGUUAACUGCUGUUCAAAUGAAUCUUGUGUAUCAAAAGUUUAUUGAUUUGUCUACAAAUAAAUUAAAAAACUUUGAUACUCAAACAUAUGAUACAGUAAAAGAUGACGCAAGAGAACUUAUUGAUUUUGCUUUACUAAUCAUGGAAACUUUUGAAAAGACGAAAACUGAUUGUCCAGAUAUUAUCUUGAAGUAUGUGAAAAUAGACUGGGAUUACUAUAAAGGCCAUAACUUCUUUGGAAUUAAUGAAGACGAAAUUACGGAAGCUAAAUUGCUGCAACUACUGAAACUAGAUUCUAAAUUACUACUUCAAAAACUUCCUGAAUUAUCAGAUUUCAUUACGAGGAUAACAAUUAAAAAUUUGUUGAAAAAAAUAAAAGUAUAUUUUCCAAAUGAUGUUGGCAAGGAUUGGCUUUGUUAUUGUGAAUCAUUAUUAGAAAAAAGUGAAAAUCAGAUUGCCCUUUUUGAUGCCAUUAUUGUAGCCAUAUUCCACGUUGGAAGUGAUGAUUACAAAAUUGCGUUUGUAUCCAAAUAUGUACCUCAAGAAGCAAAGAUAUCUUAUGACAAAAUUGAUAGAAAAUUAUUGUCUAUCCAAGAAGGAAUUUGUCGUUUCGCACAAUUCUCUAGGCCUCCUGUGCCGUUGGAAUGCAUUUUGCCUUAUAUAAAAGGGGAUUAUGUGCAAUAUUGCUUACCAAUGUUUGGCUCCUACUUAAAUAACUUACCAAUGCCACAGUGUAUAAAGUUCGUAUCAGCUAUUUUGAACACCCCUGUAUCUAUACAAAAGCAUGCCUUACGUUUAGCAUUCCAAUGUUUUAGUGUAGAAGAUCUCACGAAUUUAAUAGAAAAUGUUUGGAAAACAACUAAAAAUGUAUCGUUGCGAAUGACUAUUUAUAAAGCGCUUUUCGAAAAAAUUGAAAAUGUUGAUCAGAGUUAUCAAGGAAAAUUAUAUGAAAUAUUGAAAAAGUUGACUUUAGAUUUGCACGAAAACGAUGACGAUACACUGUUUUCAUUUUUGACACGUUUUAAAUUGUCACAAUACAAAGGAGAUUUUCUAGAAACAGCUUGGAAUACAGUGCAAAAAUUUUCGGAACAAAGGUCUAAAAAUAUCCAAAGAAAAAUAAUGAUUUUAAAUGAAAUAAAAUCAGAUAUUGCCCUGAUAAAUAAAGAAUUCUGUCGCACUGUUAUACUCGACGACUUUGUUCUCUCAAUAUUAACUGAGAAACAUUUUGCACAAUUUUCUAGAAAUAAUGACAUUAAAAAUCUUAUUGACUCUAAGUGGAUACUUGCUGCAAAAUAUAUAAUUCACAUUGACAAUGAUCAAAAAGAAAGAAAUUUUGAACUUCUUAAUUUUAUUUUACACAGGUGUAGUGAAAUGUGGAAUAUAACAGACAAUGGUAUCUACACAUCAAGGAAAUUCAUGUUCUGGUUUAUAAAUCAGAUUUUACUUUGCUCCUUUUGUCUUAAUGACAAGACUGAUUCUUUACCAGUAUUGGAGUAUAUUGUAAAAUUGCUUUGCGAAUUACUGCCCAAGACGCAAAUUUACACACUAUACGUAGAAUUGAAUUUGAUAAUAAUUUCGAAAAAAGUUAUAGGAUCAAAUGAAUGUAACUAUUUCCACUUGGUGCCGGAAAAUAUAUCUAAUAGUUUGGCUAAUGAAGUUAUUGUAUUCUUGAACGAUCUUAAGGUUAAGAAGAUGCUCUAUUCUAGUUUUAACAAUGAGAUUGCCUCUUUGUUACGUAAUGCUAUCGACUGUAUGUCUUAUGGUACAAAUUUAAAUAAUGUUGACUCCAUAGCAACUCUUGUCAGCUCUCGCUUAAUCGAAACACAGCUUCCAGAAGCGCAAAUUCUUGCGCUCAUGAUCUUACCACGAGAAGAGCCCGAAGAUUGUGCUCCUAAAUGGCAAGAUAUUAUUGGUAAUAUUCAAAGUGGGGACAACGAAGAAUUCAAGGCAUAUGUGUAUGAGCACUUUUUACAUAGAAAUUUAAAAUAGUUUCAUGACCUCAUGACCUUUAUACGCAGUGGUCGAAAGUCUUAGGUACUUAUGUAAUUUCGUCAGAAUUGUUAUGCAGUGUUUUAUCACACAGCUCUGAUUUUGAUGAGUUCAACAUCAAAAUCAGAGCGUGAAAUAACACUGCAUUGAAAAUAGUUACUAUUCCGCCGUUAUGCCACUAUGUAUUAUUUGUAAGGCACCAGAAGUUCAUCAGUUGAUAUGUUAAUCAAGUCUAAAGUAAUUCAAGUCGAAAUGUUUCGGAGUAAUUUAGACUUUCAGAUAUCUAUAUUAUACACUAUUGAUUAAUA